AUGACCCCAGGUUGUCGGUCCCAGCCCGUCCUGUCCCUGAAGCAGGAAGGUGAAGACAUCUUUGAGGGCGACUCGGUGACCUUUGACUGCCAGGCAGAUGAUCCUGAUGCCUGGCAGUACUUGUGGUUGAGAGACAGUACGAUCCUUCACGAGAGUUGGGACAACAGCAGCGCUCAAAUGAUAAAGAGAGUCACCCUCGCCGACAGAGGGUCGUAUCGAUGUUACAUACAGAGGAAAGCUGACCUAAUUGAAGAAUUAUACAGCAACAUGAUUGAACUGCAAGUGUCCGAGCGUCCAACAGCAGUGCUGUCCCUGGAGACGGGUGGAUCACAGCUCUUCACUGCAGACACCAUGACUCUUAGUUGUAACAUCAUGGGCCACUACAGCGACUGGCACUAUAAAUGGUACAAGGAUGGACGGUUGACUCCAGAUUGGACAAGCACCAGUGUUAAUAGCCGAUUCACUAUUUGCUCUGUUGGCAAAUCUGACGGCGGCUCCUAUUCUUGUCAAGGGAAACGAGCAGGGAGGCCAUUUCACUCCAAAAUCAGCGAGGCCCUUAAGGUAACGGUGUCUGAGCGACCCACGGCCGAGAUCACAUCAGUGUGGGGCUGGAGUGACGUAUUCAAAAACGAGAGACUCGUCCUGCAGUGUACCGCUGACAAGAAAUACGACGACUGGAGCUACCGGUGGUACAAGAACGGCGAAGAGCUUCAAGAAGGACAGGGGAACGGGACGGCAAAAGGCAACAUGUGGGCCAUUGACCUGAUUAACGAGUCGCACGGUGGGACGUAUGUCUGCAAAGGUGAAAGGUCAAGGAGGCCAACGUACACUCAGAGGAGCAAACCGUUCAAUGUGACAGUGAAAGAGAAGCCCCCAAACACAGCUCUCAUCCUGAAGCCCCAACAGACCCCAAUAUUUGAAGGUGACGUGGUGACCCUGAGCUGUGAGGUAGACGACAGCCCUGCAGCAGGAUGGAGGUUUUGGUGGUUCACUAACAGCAAUAAGUCCUCCAUUCCUACCAUCUGUAAGGACGGAAGCCGGGAGUCAAAGUGCACAAUCCAGUCUGUUACUCUGUCCUACACAGCGGAGUACUGGUUUCAAGCCGGAAGAGGGAAGCCUCCAUUUUAUUUGAACUCCAGCCGGCCUGUGGUGCUCCAGGUACACGUGGCAUUUGAGGAGCCCGUCCUGUUGCUGCUCACCCAGUGGUCAGUAUGGAUUGGAGAGCCCAUCUCUCUGCACUGCAAGACUCAGUUGAAGAACAUGGCACUGAGGGGACGCCUUCAGUAUCGCUUUUACAGAAACGGGACAGUUUGGACACAGCCGGGGUCCCAGGACACUUUGACCAUCUCAUCAGCUGAAAUCAGCGACACAGGGCUUUAUAGCUGUGAAGUUGAGGCCACGGGCACCAAUGUGAAAAAACAAAGUGGCACCAUCAACGUGAGAGUGACAGAUCGACCAAAGCUUUUCCUCACAAUGAGACCCUCAUGGCAGGUGGUCUACUAUGGAGAGACUGUGACCCUCUACUGCCAGAUGAAUAUAGAUAUCCCUGGACUGCAGUACCAAUGGUAUAAAGAUGGCGAGAGACUGCAAGCACCUUAUGCUGUUGGCCACAAACUGGAGAGCAACGUCUGCACCAUUAGCGCCAUUGUGUGGUCUGACCAGGGUGAAUACAAGUGCCAGGCCCACAUGGGAAAGCCAUUUUUUCAGUCGUACACCAGCAGGCCUCUCCUUUUAAAUAUCACUGAGCACCCAGAGGUUUCCUUUCUGCAAUGGCCGACAUGGACGGUCCUGUUUGCGGGAGAGACAGUUACACUCAACUGCAGAGUAAACGGAAAUCCUCUAUUUAAGAAAUUCUGGUGGUUCAUGGCGACAGCAAACCAUCUGAGGCAAAAUCUGUCCUGUGAAAACAUCCCAAGCUGUUCAGUGACAUUUUCACACAAGAACCAGAGCGGCCUGUACUGGUGUGAGACGGAAUCGGGAGAGAAACGCAGCAAAGCGGUCAGCUUCAUCGUCACGGCUGACAUGGUGGCUCUGCAGACUCCUCCACUGCCACUCACAGAAGGUGACAAUGUGACUCUGGAGUGCCGAACUCAGUACUUGACAAACUACACGACUAAGGUGUAUCAUGAAGACCAAGAGAGGCAGCCAUCCGUAUGGUACACUCGGGUCAAGAAGGAGCACAAAGGACGAUACAAGUGUGUCGUGUUCUCUGGUGAGACUCUGAAGGCUUCAUCUGAGGAGGUCAACAUCACGGUCAGAGAUUUCUUCUCCAGUGUGAUGCUUACCAUCAUAUCAGGGCCGUCAGUAAAGGAAGGAGAGGCGGUUAAAUUGACCUGUGGGGUGAAGAAUAACAGCUUGCAGAAAUUACCGGUUCACUACAGCUUUCUGAAAGAUGGUGUGGUUUUAUAUGAAGGAGAAAAUAUCACAUACACCAUAAUGAAGAUGAACGAGAGCCAUGUUGGCAACUACACGUGUGUCGCAGCCUCAGAGCAUGACAUCCAGAAGGAGAGUGCAGUUAAAAGGAUUCACAUUGCAAGUGAUUUCAGCCUCGUCAUACGGUUUGCUGUUGGAGGCGUUUUGCUGCUUGGCCUCAUCGGAGUGACGACGUUGAUCCAUAUCAUGACGGACAUGAAGUCUGGUAAAUCCGCAGCUUCUCAUUCAUCUAAAGAACACACAUGA